GCAUGCGCACUGCACACCUUUAGCUCCACUACACUUUCCACGCGUGUAUGAAGGUUCACGCUUGGGAGAAAAGUCUGUUUUGAGGACAGAAAUUGUGAAAAUAUAGGGAGUAUUUUUCGCCACCAUGGGAGGGCAAACAAAGGGCAAAAAGAAGAACAAGCCGAAGAGAAAAGACAACCGUCCAAACAAAGAUGCAGGUAUUGUUGGGCUGUCACCUCAAGAAAGGAUGAAAGUAAGAAUGCAUGAAAAAGCCAAGAAGAAGACAGCUGAGAAGUACUCUGUUCAGCAGCUACUAGAAAAGACAGAGGAAUACAUGGACAGUUUUGACUUUGAGAUGGCUGGCCUUUUCUGUCAGCGAGCCCUGGAUGUGGAGUCCACCAACCUGCAAGCUCUAGAUAUGCUGGGACACAUCUGCUCUGAACUAGGAGACAUACAGAAAUCUAAAGAAGCUUUUCUGCGUGCAGUGGAGCUGAGUCCAGAUGUAGGCCACAGUAAAUACAUGUACCUGGGACAAAUCCACACAGGCCAGGAAGCUGUGGACUACUACACUAAAGGAAUACAAGUCCUGCUGUCUGCACUGGACAAACAAGCACAGACCACACAGGCUCAAGCCGCAGCUGCUGCCCAACCAGAUGACGAUGCUGAGCUCCCCACAGCCAAAGAUGUUUGUGUAGCAUACUGCUCCAUCGCUGAGAUUUACCUAACAGACCUCUGCAUGGAGGAGGGAGCUGCAGACAAGUGCAGAGAGUUUAUUGAGAGAGCAUUACAGUAUCACCAUGACAACCCUGAGGCUCUACAGCUCAUGGCAAGUUACCUGUUCAGUACAGAGAGAAACCAGGAAGGCAAAGAAUACCUGUUGAAGAGUGUUGGAUCAUGGCUUCCUGCCCAGAAACAGAGUGCAGCUUCUUCCAGCAUAGAGGAAGAUAUGCAGAAUAACAUGCCCCCGUAUGAAUCUCGCGUAACCACAGCCAAACUGCUGAUCGAGUCCGAGGAAUACGAGAUGGCGGUAGAUGUGCUAGAGGGUCUUCUGGAGGAGGAUGAUGAAGUCGUCCAGGUGUGGUAUCUCUCCGGCUGGGUGUGCUAUCUCCAGUUUGAGAAGGCAAAAGAGCAGCAAGAAAGAGAAGGAAGAGAGGUGACAGAGGAGGAGACAGAGGAGUGGAAGGCGUUGAAGGAGGCAGCCAGAUCGUAUCUGACCAGUGCUAAGAAGAUGUACAGUAAGCUGCAGUGUGAUGACCAGCCGAUGUUGGAGCACGUGGAGCAGCUGCUAGGUGAUCUGGGAGGAGAGCUGGAGGGAGAGGAGGGAGAGCCAGUUUUGGAUGAAGAAUAUGAACCCUGUAGUGAUGAGGAGGAGGAAGCUGCAGAGGCACCCAUGGAACACUGACCACAGCCCCAUGUUUACACUCGGCGAUUUCCCUUCAUGUUUCCUUCUAGUCAAAAUGUUCUGGUGCACUCUCUAAAGUGCCUUCCUCGCUAUCCUUUCACACAAAUUUAUCAAAGAUGAAAUUUGAAAUCAAGUGAGAUGCACAAAAAAGUGGCAUUAAAAGCUGCAGUCUA